GGACGGCGGGGGCAGCAGGGCCUGGGGCCGGUCCCCAGGGAGAGGCCCGGCGGCUGUGGGGGGAGGGCGGCCAGGCCCUGGCUCCAGCCUUUCGGGGCAGGGGCUGGGGCUCCAUGUGCGAGCGCCGAUUGGGACAGAGUCUGUCUGGCCCCUGCGGCCCCGGCCCAGGUCUGAUGAGCGCCCGAGGGAGCGGAAACGCUGUGGAGUGGAUGGGAGGUGGGGUGCGCGGUGCAGCAGCCGUUUGGCUCGUUGGCCGGGCCAAGGGCUGGGAUGAAGGAGAUUCCCAGACCGCUGCUGCAGCCACGGGAGGGGGACCUUCGUGGGUCAAGUGUGUCCACUCGGGGGUCGGUGAAGAAGGGGUGUGUGUGUGAUGGAGGGCAGGAGCUCACGGAAUUGUGGGCGCAGGGGCUAGACGGAUGACCCUUCCAAGGGAUCGUCUACUCCAGGCGUCCACACUCAGAGUGGUGGGGUCCUGGGUGUGGCGGCGGAGACCCUGGGAGGUGGGUGCCAGGUGGGGAGCAGCUGGGAUGAGACCAGGGCUGGAGGUGCCCACUUGGCAGGGGGCCUUCUUCCCCAGGCCGUGGGGGCUGUGGUGUCACCAGGGCAGGCCGAGCACUGGCUCCACAGUCGCGGGUGACAUUAAAUUUUAUGUCUUUGUCUAGACAGGGCAGUAAACAGAGCUCUGGGGCCAGGGGUGCUGUGGGGGAGAGCAGAGGGGUGGGGAGCCCGGCUAUGAGUGAGCCUCAAGUGACUUUUGGGUGGAUGAGGCUGGGGCCCUCCGUCUUUCCUCAGGGUGUCAGCGGGCACAGGGGUGCUGACCCACAGCCUGGUGUGGGGCCGUGACAGCCAGGGCCAGGGGUGUGAGAGGGGCGUAGGGGCUUGUGGCCCAGGCGGGCGGUAGCAGAAGAGGCUUCCUAAGAUUGCCCUCAAGGCUCGGGGGCAGGGAGCGACUGGGGCCCACCCCUUCGUGGUGAGCAGGGCGAGCUGGCUUGGGGCUGGGAGAGUGCAGAGGUCAGGAGUCGCUGCCAGCGCAGCAGGGAGCCACGGUGCGCACAGGGCGGAAGAGAACGGGCCAUGUGCCCUGUGGACGGUGGGCCAGAGGCAAGACCGAGUCUGCGGACGCAGGGAGGAAAGAUUCCGAGCUCGCCGGCCCGGAGCAGCGGCGCCCUCGGGUCGGCUGGACAGGCCCCGCGCCAUGCCCGAGGGCUGAGCGCCGCCGCCGCCGCAGGGCCUCGUCCCGCCUCGCGUGGGACCGCGCGCGCCCAGGUCGGGGCCCAGGCGGCCGACCAUGGUGCUGCCUCCCCCGGACCGGCGCCACGUGUGCCUGACUACGCUGGUGAUCAUGGGCAGCAUGGCGGUCAUGGACGCGUACCUGGUGGAGCAGAACCAGGGCCCGCGUAAGAUCGGCGUGUGCAUCAUCGUGCUGGUGGGCGACGUGUGCUUCCUGCUGGUGCUGCGCUAUGUGGCCGUGUGGGUGGGCGCCGAGGUGCGCACGGCCAAGCGCGGCUACGCCAUGAUCCUCUGGUUCCUCUACAUCUUCGUGCUGGAGAUCAAGCUCUACUUCAUCUUCCAAAACUACAAGGCGGCGCGGCGCGGCGCGGCCGACCCGGUGGCGCGCAAGGCGCUGACGCUGCUGCUGUCGGUGUGCGUGCCCGGCCUCUUCCUGCUGCUGGUGGCGCUCGACCGCAUGGAGUACGUGCGCACCUUCCGGAAGCGCGAGGACCUGCGCGGCCGCCUCUUCUGGGUGGCGCUGGACCUGCUGGACCUGCUGGACAUGCAGGCCAGCCUGUGGGAGCCGCCGCGCAGCGGGCUGCCCCUGUGGGCCGAGGGCCUCACCUUCUUCUACUGCUACAUGCUGCUGCUGGUGCUGCCGUGCGUGGCGCUCAGCGAGGUCAGCAUGCAGGGCGAGCACAUCGCGCCGCAGAAGAUGAUGCUCUAUCCGGUGCUCAGCCUCGCCACCGUCAACGUGGUGGCCGUGCUGGCGCGCGCCGCCAACAUGGCUCUUUUCCGCGACAGCCGCGUCUCCGCCAUCUUCGUGGGCAAGAACGUGGUGGCGCUGGCCACCAAGGCCUGCACCUUCCUGGAGUACCGGCGCCAGGUGCGCGACUUCCCGCCACCCGCGCUGGCGCUGGAGCUGCAGCCGCCCGCCCCGCAGCGCAACUCGGUGCCGCCGCCCCCGCCGUUGCACGGCCCCCCAGGCCGCCCCCGCGGCCCCUCGCCCACGCGCGACGCCCUGGACACGUGACCGAGGCCCCCCGGACUCCGAGACGCGUGGCGGCAGGCGCGCGCCGUUUGCAUGGGAUGGGGUGGGGUCGGGUGCGGAGAGCGCCCCUACCCGCGGGGCCUGCGGCCGCGCCUUCAUCUCAGGGAUCCCUCGGACCACCGACCUCGGCCCCGGCUCCUCCCGCUCGCCCCGGCGCUGGGCCAGUGUGUGCGGCCCGGACUGGAGCGGGGAGGGUCCCGCCUCCACCCACGGGGGGUCUGGGUGGCAAGGGAGGACAGAGUGGGCCGAGGUCUGGUCCCUUGGGGUCCCACGGUGGGGGCCUCUGGUUCAGCGUUUGGGACCGAGGAGGCCUCUGUCAUUUUAAAGACUCGUGUUUACAGUUUUGUAUGUAA